UUAAGAGAAAAAAUAGACUUUGAGAAACAGAUUUAUUUUAAGCUUUUAAAUUUGAUUUGUGAAAAAAAAUCUAAUCAUAUCCUCUAGGUGGCAGCAUCACUCUGUUUCAACAGUGAGACUACGGGUAGAAGAAGAACCAAACCAACGUGCGCUAGUCGGCAGACUAUCAACAUUGGCAUAACUGCGAAGUCAAAUCAGAAAUGUCGGUGGAUAUCCUGAUUACAAAUCUACAAGCGUGUCUAAUCAGUGAGGAUCAACCUCCGGGAAAUGUCAGCAAACCUUUUACGUCAUUUUUGGAUAAACUUUCUGAAUCCACGAGGACCAGCGUGAAAAGAUGCAAGGAGCGUUGUCUGGACGAGGCUAUUCAGAUUCUCAAACAAAUAUCGGAGGAGCAGCUUCGUGGUUUGCAGAGCGAGCAUCUCCAGCUCUUGGUCAGGCUCCUCAUAUCCCUGCAGGUCCAGAUGGUCAACAUCUCCACAGCCUGUCGGAAAGUGGACCAGAUGCUGCAGUAUCUAGGAAAGGUGGAUCAUCAACUGGUUGCCACAGAAACCCUUCAUCGUUUUCACUCUCUAUUCCAGAGUGAUCAGGUUCCAUCUCAAGGAGACUUGCAGACAGCCUGUAUGUUCCUGGAAGACAGCGCUGUUGGCCAUGAGGUGUGGCGAACAUUCUGCGUCUCCAUGCUGAAUAAAGUGUCUGAGUUAUUCCCUGUUCUGAUGCAAAAUGAAUCUCUGAACGAUGGACCACUGUGUUACCUUUCAGUGAAGGUGUGCUUGCAAAUAUUCCAGCUGCUGUCCAGUGAAGUUGCUCCUCUGGUGUGGAAGGAGAACCACAACAGUCAACCAGUGCAGAAAAUCCUGCAGGCUCUCAUGAACAUAAUCCUCGGACAGUGCUGCAACAGGGACACUCGCCUUUUAGCAGGCACUGCUGUGGCCAUGUUGAUCAACACAGCAACUGAGUACCAAUCAGGAGGAGCUGCUGUCUUGAGCUUGCAGCAGAUCGCUCAUAAAGACCCCUGGCAGCUGACGGUUGGUGUCCUGCAGGUGGAGUGUGACCCUGUCAGGAAGGAUGGAGUGGACAGGCUGGCUGUGAUCAGGGGGCUCCUGACCUGUUGUCAGCCUCAGAUCUUACUCGCCUCACUUCCCUGUUACUCAGAGUCAAGUAUCCUGAUAGACUGUCUGUACCCGCUUGUGUACGGGUUAUGUGAGGAGUUGCUGGAGUGUCACUACGUUUCUUUUGAAGUGUUAACACUGUGGCUGAAAAAAGUGCGAGAAUGUCUGACAGACCUGUGGAAGAUUACCGGCACCCGGCUUUUCACAGACGACAACAGACUGCUGGUGGAACUCAUUCACAUCAUCUGGACCAACGCAGAAAGCCCAGUGGAAGGAGUGCCUGAAUUUGCAAACAGGGCUUUCAGUCUGUUGUUGAACCUCUAUGAUGUGGACUGUGAGAGGUUUGGUGAUGCAAAGAAGGAUUUUUAUUCAACUGCUCUCCUCAAAAUAAUGAAACUACCCUGGGAGGCCAAAGCCAAAUAUCAUCUCCUUUGUGCUCUGCUUCCAUAUUUGGAUACAGACAAGGUGCUGGAUCAGUGUGUGGAAAUACCCACUCAUAUCCUUAAGGGCUUAUCGACCAAUCAGCUGUCUCCGUGUGGGUCGGAGCUCUACAAGUGUCUGAUCCAACAGCAGAGGCGGGAGCUUUCUCAAAAAUCAGUUUCAGUCACUGAGCUGGAUCUGGCCAAACACUGGGCCAGGCGUUGGCAGCCUGUGCUUUUUCAGGCUCUGAUGUCUGAAGUGAGUCUUCUACAGAGCAAUAGCUCCACACAUCUUUUACCCUGCACCUUUCAGGUCUUCCCCUCUGCUGCACAACAUCUGCUUGAGUCUCUGGACCCUCACACACCUGGACACCUGCACGCCUGGGCAUGCAUCUUGAGUUCUUACCGGGCCACAACGGGCUGCUCGCCCUGGGCUCUUCAGGACAGCUCCAUCUUUGAAACGCUGCAGCAAGCUUUGAUGUGUGCAGAUGAGAAAGUUCGGCUCGCUUCUUUCAACCUGCUCUGCUGCAGCCCAAAGACCAACGACAGGCCAACAGCCGAGGAGAUGGCCAUCAUGAAGAAGUUUAUUCCGAUGAACCUAAACUGCGAGUCCUCGUCUUUUCGCCAGCAUUUACAGACUGGAGUGAAGCGGUUUCUGGUUCGCAUCAGAGAUAGUUGUUUGGCUCAAAUCCGAAAGCCAAAGGAGAAAGGGAAAGAAAACUCCGCCCAUCCAGAGAGGAUGCAGGAUACACUGGAGCAAGGAAUUGAGUUUGUGGAGUGGUUAGGUCAGCUUCCGUACAGCAACCUGGCACCAGGGCACAGUUUUCAGAGGAAGAAGACUUCAUUACUGCUGCUGUCUGCAGUUCUGGAGACCUGCACAGACACCUGGAGCCCUGACAGAAAGAAAGGACAACCUCCAGCAAACAUGAAGAUUCUUAUAAAUCAUGCUCAGCUGAGAGGACGUUGGGACUUCUUCUGUAGAAGUAAAAAAUUGCUUCUUCUCAGCUGUUUAGAAGAUUCUACCAACGAGAUUCGAGAACUCUCCACUGAGUUGCUGUUGAAGUUCUUUCCACCCAGUCUCCCAGUUGACAUUGCAGAGGUGUUGCCCAUGAGAGCCAAUCAGCUUCUGUGCAGUCCCAGGGUGCAGGAGGCUCAGAUGGGGGCUCUCAUGAUGAAGGUCCUUAUGUAUAAAUCAGGAGAGCACUAUGAAGGCUGUGAUGGGGGACUUGCUUCAAAAACCUCCAGCAUCAUCAGAUUCCUACUGAAGGAGCUUGAAGAUCAUUAUCAGACAGCCAAGGCGGACAUGAUGCUUGCUGCCCGAACCAAACCUAUCCACGGUGUGUUGAGGGCUCUUCAGAGAUGCCUGUUUGAAGCCCCUGUCAGUGUCUGUGACGCAGCUGACCACAGUCUGAUCUCUGAGGUGUUGAAUCUGCUGGAGGGUAUUGCUUUGCUGCUCCUGAGUACACUGCAUGGCGACAACAUGGACAGCUUCACAGAAAAAGACACUCCACCUUCAUUUUAUGACAUGAGUGAUGCCAUCAGCUCUCUCAUAUCCCAACAAUGUGGAAGUGAGCAGACAGAUGAAGAGGACUGCAUCCUGCUUUCUGAAGAGCACAGGCUUGUUUUGACCUGUUGCUGGGUUUCUCUUAAGGAAAUUGGGAUUUUUUUAGGUACUCUGGUGGAGAAAGGUUUCACUGAGUCCAAACAAUCAGGGGAGCACAACCUCCUCAAACCACAUUUAUCAAGAGUGUCAAAAGUAUUCAAGAACAUUCUGCUCAACUGUCGUCACUGGGGGGCAAUAGAGGGUUGCUGUGUCGGCUUCACAAAGUUCUGCUCCUGCCUGCUGAGCUGCAGUGAUCCAGAGCUCAAAGAAAUUCCAGCCCAAAUGUUAACACAAGGAUUGCAGGUCGUGCAGUGCCCUCGUUCUGCAUCUGUGACCCGGCGAGCUGCCGGAUUGCCCAUGCUUAUUCUGUCUAUUCUGGCAGCCGAGGACGCCAGCAAAGCGAGGCCGCUGUUAGCUCUCAGUGUGCAGACCCUGAUGGACACUGCAAGAACCCCUGUCCUCGACAACUGGGACCAAACUCUGGACCUGCCACAGGUGUGUGCAGUCCACACUCUUCAGGCGCUGGUGCGGGCAGCACCUUUAGCAGCCGCCGUCCGUCAGUUUGCAUCUGGAAUAACCGUCUUGUCCUUGACCCUGCUCAGUUCCACCUGCUGGGCCAUGAGAAAUGCAGCACUACAACUUUACAGUUCCCUUUGCUUCAGAAUGCUGGGCCAAAAGUCCGGCAAUGAGGAGAGCGGCGCUGUCCAGCAUGGCAUGACUCCUCCUGCCUUCCUCUUCCAUUAUCGUCAGCUGCAGCCGUUCCUCCUGGGGGAGCUGACAAGAGCAGCCAAAGGCCUCAGGGGUCCAUCAGCUGAGGCCAAGCUACACCUCCAGCCCUCACUCUUUCCUAUCUUGACCCUGCUGGCCCAACUCCAGCCAGCCGUCACAGACACAUCAGGAGUUUUUUUAGACUUCUCACAUCCUCUGCUCCAGCUGUCUGCCAGUCCGAUUUACAGCGUGAGAGUGAUGGCCUCUAAAGCUCUGGUUGCCAUGACUCCCACCUCAGAGCACAUGAACAUACUCCUCCAGCUCACCGCACAGCUGCCGGGUCCUCAGGACAUCUGCAGCCACAACCAGCUCCAUGGCCGGCUGCUGCAGAUCAAAGCCAUUUUGGAAAAAUGUCUCUGCACAAACAGUAGGAUUUCAGAUGAGUGGAGGGAAGUGGUGAGCAGGGUGCAAGACGCUCAGUGGCUGGUAACUGAAAGUCAGCGCUGCCCCUUGGUGAGAGCCGUCUAUCUUGGUGUGGCUGACUGUCUGAGAGAAGAACUCUGUGAGGAUUUCCUGUGUCAGCUCAGUGGCAAACUCAUAUGUGACCUUCAUACCCACCCACCGGGCCUUCAGAUCGGCUUGUCCUCCUUCCACCAACAAGCUGUUCACUUCUUGUGUGGAGAUGUGAAGUGGGCGUGUCAAAUCUGGGACAGUUUCUCUGAGACCAGCCUGGAUCUGAAACUCUCAUUGGUCACGUGGGUGCUGGAUGGGAGGAGCUUUAAGCAGCCUCUUUUGAGAGAAGAGGUCCAAAACGUGUUACUGUCAAACCUGAAGGAGGCUUUGCUCAGCCACAGAGUGGAGUAUCGCACCGCCUACCUCGCCGCCCUGGUAAAAGUGAUGACCGCCGGCGGCUCCUUACCUCAGCAGCCAGUCCUUUCUACCUCACACGUGCAUCAGCCUCUGCUUCAGUGUCUUGAAUUGCUGUUCAUGAAUCUUGAGGACCAGAAACGUGGUCCAGAGUUCCUGUCCCAGGCUCUAUCUGCUGCUGGUUUACUUAUUUCUCAAUGUCCAAAAGCCAGUGUGAAUACAUCCAUGCUCCAGCGCUGGUGCUGCAUCUUGGAAUGUCACAGGGCCCCUGUGGUCCCAGAAGUACUCAGGGUUGCUUGUAGUGAAGCUCUGUGUGUGACUGCAGCUCCGCUUAUGAGCAGCAUGGUGUUAAAGAUCAGGCUGAUCAAUACAGCCAUUUACCUGCUGCAGGACCAAAGUCAGCAGGUGAGACUCAAAGCAGCCCGUUUUGCUGCUUUACUCCACUGUGCACGAAGAGGAGGCAGCCAGGAGAACCCGAAUCUUGUGCAGGUCAGCCACGCUCUGUUGCUCCUCCUGGAUCUACUGCUGGAGGAACACUGGGAUGCUCCUGGGACUCUGGAGGUGCUGCUGUCUCACCUUCCUCAGUCUGACCUUACAUGUGUUCUGAGAGAAGCUUCUGCAAUAGGGGGGUUCUCCAGUCUGUAUGAGCAGGAUGAAGCCAAUGUGUUUGCAGAGCCCUCUGUCAUGUCUGCACAUGUGCUGCCCCACCUGCUGCAGCUGGCUGAGAAAUCCUCUAAAUGCUCUACUUUGGCUCAUAGCCUGACUUCAUGGGCAGAGGAGAAUGCCACACAAGUCUUGGAAGACCUGAAAUUCUGUGAAAAGAUCGUGCCAGAAAAUGCACUGUCCCCUGCUUGGUUGGGUCUCCUUGUGGAUCCUCGUUUCUACACCACCCUGUGCGGCCUCUUCACCAGAGCUGCCUUUCUCCUCCGUCUGCUGGAAACCUUUGCUCCGGCACAACAUCUUUGUGAUCCUUCUACCCUGCACACACAUUUGCAGACUGUUUGGAAGUUGCUCCGGCAGAAUGGUGUCCACUUUCAUUCCUCUCUAACAGCUGCUUUGGCUGGAGAGCUGCCUCCUCCUGAGCUCAAGCAGAGCCUUUCUUAAUGAAGUAGACCAGGAUUACUUGAAGAUUCUGCAUGACACACAUCUAUAAUCUGAAUUAGAUGAUGGUGCAGUACACCUGGAAAGAGAGGCUAAUGCAGUUACAUAAAAGCUGAGUUUGAAUACAAAGCCUCUGGGCAUCUAAUGUCACAAGAUGUUCUUUUAGUCCAUCUUCUAAAGUUUUUUCCACUCUUUGACCAAAGCUUUAUCAUGCAGAUCAUGUCUCUUUUUGUUCUCACAAACAAGUCUCAUCUCAAUGCGCUGACGUAAUCCGCAGCAUCUAGAAGAGUUGCCAGCUUGAUGCUCAGCUGGGAAUAUGGUGUGGUUUAAUGUUCCAUUAGAGGCCGUCUGACUGGAGAUGUGUCCAUUUUCCGACCACAGAAAGGCUGGUGGUGAGAGGUGGUGAUUGAGAGGGUCUGCGGGGGAGGCGGAGGUUACCCCGCAACAGACUGUGCACUAGAGCAGUCUGACAUCACCAGAUCAGGCCUUGUUGUUUUUGUGAUGGACGUGCAAACUGUGAUGAGCCCAAUUCAGGUCUUUCUUGUUGUGUGUUGCACAGGAUUUCAGAGACAAACAAUAAGAUGAUGGUAAUGAUUCAUGUCUAACUCUUAUGCAAUAACCUUUUCUCUUUUCCCAACACAAACGGUCUUAAUCAUUGUGUUGUUGUUUUUUUUAACUAUCCUAGAUAGGGAAAAUGUGGGUUUUUAACAAAAUAUAAACGGUUAUUUUAAGUAUUUCUCAAACAGCAGUAUUUUAGAAGUGACAUUUUCAGGUAACCUUGAUGAAGGAAAACAUAUGGAAUGGAAACUGAACAUCUGGCUUCAUUUCUAUAAGCGUGUGUGCUGCUACUUAAUGAUUAUGUCAAUGUAGAACAAGGCUGAGCACAGUAUGUACACUCACCAUCAGGAGGUGCAUAUACAUGAGUACAGACAUAUAUAAGGAUUAAAGGCGUGUUUUUCCACACCAGUGUGGAAAUUGUCCAUAAGAAUGUAUUUUAAAAGCAAAAACAAAAUAAGAAAAAAAAAUCAAAUAUCUACAUGAACACAAAUUAUCGGGACGGAUUUAGGUCUUUUGGAAACCAUCUGUUUGUUAUACAUUAAAAAAAAUAUCAAAGUGAACUCCAAUGGAUGUUAAAAUGUGUAUUAAAAGGACUUAUGCAUCACUUUUUUCCUGCCUUAAGCUGAACAGUUAAAAAAAAUCUGUCUUAACUAUGUUGAUAUUUAUUCUAAUGCAAGUUUUGGUAUGUUUGUGGUUUAUGUUUAAAAAAAAGAUUUUGUACUUUAAUAAACAUGUUUAUCAUUCUUAA